UACCUAAAGAUGAAUCUGUAUAUGGAAACCUAGAGACCCUGCACUAUUAUAUAUGCCCUCUCUAUUUCCUUUCUCUCUUAAAACCUCUCUCUCUAAACUAAACCUUUCUCUCUCUAAACAAUGUCUUCGACUGUAAUUUUAGGAGCAGCUAGAGGGGACAAAUAUCGAAAACACAUUCAUGAUGAAGGAGAGAAGAACACAGUGUGGAAGUAUGGUGCACCACCAAACUAUGAUGUUGUCAACAAGCUCUUUGAAGAAGGUCGCCAAAAGGUAUGGCCUGAAGGGUCCUUAGAAGAGAUGGUGCAAAACCUUGUGAAAACAUGGGAAAUGGAAAUGUUCAACAAGGCAAGACCUGAAGACUUCAAAACCGUAAACACCGAAAAAUACACAUUUAGUCUCAAUGGAAGGAAGCCUUUGCCUUUGAUGGAGAAAUUGAAAGCUGGAGGAUACAACUCAUUUCUACAAACCUCACUACCUGAAGAGUUUCAGUGCUUCAAGCCAAGCCAAGAGACUACAGAGUCAGCUCAUCAAGCCUUUCUAAGGACAUUCCCAAGAGGAUUUGCCUUGGAAAUUGUUGAAGUUUAUUCAGGGCCUCCAACUAUAGUCUACAAAUUCAGGCAUUGGGGCUACAUGGAGGGUCCCUUCCUAGGACAUGCUCCCACAGGAGAGAAGGUGGAGUACUUUGGGAUCGCCAUCUUUGGGGUUGAUGAAGAAAUGAAGGUGGAGAAAGUGGAGUUCUUUUUUGAUAGAGGUGAGCUGCUUGGUGGUCUUGUGAAGGGACCCCCACUUGACAAAGAGGGAAGCACUGCCACACCAUCCAUUUGCCCUUUUGCUGGCACUGGUUGAAAAUUCGACAUUAUGUAUGUGAAACUAACUGUUUCCACAAUAAAACAAAUAUUUCAGUAUCGUCUGCCAAUAUUGACCCUCUCUCUCUCAGUGGGGAUGGCAUUAUGUAUGGUGUAUUCUCAGUGAAAUUAAUAGUUUAAAAAGAAAAAACAAAUAUUUCAGUAUCAUCUCUCAA